AUGACAUUUAUAAUCCUGUCUCUCGCAGCAAAAGCGAUAAGCGAUGCGUUGCGCGAACAGCUGCCUCUGAGCUCUCUUCCGAUAAACAUUUGGAAUGUCUGUCGUUUUGCCAUUCUUCUUUUUCCAUGUUUAUUUUGCACAUCACGGGCUGAAGAGAUGACAUACUCGAGCGUUUUUGACGCUUAUGAGGCUACUGUUUCUCCACUGCUGUUGAUGGAUAACGCGUCGAAUACUGUCUCUCCGAUGAUAGUCGAAAGAAUCGCACGAGGAAAGACGAUUUUGCAAAAGUUGAAAUCACAUAUAUUUGGCCCUGAUGAAGAAGUGCACGAGUCAGAUCUGAUCCGUAACUGUAAUGGUGCUUUAUGCGAUAACGAAUUGGUUCAUCUUCUUGGAGAAUCUUACAAGGGUAAAUGCAGAGCCAAGCGUGGUCGCUGUUUCAAGGUCUACGAUGAAGAGCAUGAUAACCAUAUGUCUAUGGGGAGGGAUAUAAGAUCUUAUGAAUACGACAUGGAAAAGAAACAGUGGCUGUCACACGCGAAAAGAAGAAGAACAGCACCAGAAACUAACCGAGUGAUGGAAUUGAGAGAAUUGCAGAACCAAAACCAGGCAUACCUCGCAUUGUCGCUUGAGUAA